GGGAGUCGGAGCUUGGAGCCCUGGAGUCGUGACAUUUUAGUGUAUCUGGAUCAGAAGCUGGAAUCAAGCUUACGAUAAUAGAUAGAGCUGGAGUUGAAGCUGCCAGAAAUUUUAGUGGCUCCAGCUCCUAACCAUCUACUUGUUUUUCCACAUUCAUAAUUUUGUAAUACGCUAUAUAAAUAAUAAAAUCUAUCCUUCUCAGCUGCUUAUACAUCCAAUUUAUUAAUUUUAAAACUUUGAAGAUAGAUUUCACAACUUGGGUUGAUGUUUCAUUAUAGUGGUAUUCCCAAAAAAUUUUGAUGGUAUGGAGCCAGAACCAGAGCGGGAGCCUGACUUCUGGCUGAAAAAUAGUGCGCCGGAGCUGGAGCCACUGGGUAAUAAUUAUACUGUGGCUGUAGAGCUGGAGCCAUUGUUAUUUUUAAUCAGUUCCCAGUCUCUGGAUAUAAUAGCAUAUGAUGUUUAUUUAGAAUUGGUUUAUCUUUCCAUGAAUCAUUUUCACAUCUUCACUCAAAACAAGGCUUUCUAUUUUUAAAGGUACUGAAAUCCAUCCGGCGCACAAUUUUCUAGACCACCCAAUUCAAUGAUUUUUUUCUGUCACUGCUAUGUUAUGUUUAAAAUUUAUCGAAAGAUUAGAUUGAUAUAUAAUAAUUUAUAUUGUAAUUGUUCCUGCUUUCAAAAUACUUAAACAUAGCUCACUUCUAUCAAUUUAUACUCUUGUUGUUUUAAUUUUGAAAUUAUGAUACAAUAUGUUUUCAUAUAUCAUUUAUAACAAUAUAUUUCAAACCAGCACUUAAAAACCUCAAGAACUAUUUAAGAACUGCUUUUAGCCUACAAAUUUUAUUUGCAUUUGUAGUCUGCAUGAAGUAAUGUUUUUUCAUGAGCUUGUCUCAUAAGCAUGACUAUAUUUUUCCGACAGAAUGGUGCACAGUAGGCCUACAUGUGAAGUAAAUUUCCUUUCUCUGACUCUGAUGUAACACUCCGUACUGACCAUUAUUUAUUAGUCAACUUCUUUCUAUUUCCCUAUUGUUAGUCAUAUGUAUUAAACUCUUAACAUUUAUUCAAACUGUGCAAAAGUCAGAGUGUGAGUUGUGCGAAGCACUAGCUAAAAAAUCAAAUAUGUAUACGUGGUGAGGGAGGAAGGAAUAGAGAGAUCUAAAAUAGGUAAAGGGUGGAAUUCAUCGAAAAAGUUUGGAACAAUAUUUUUGUUGCAUUUUGCUCAGUAUAAAAUAAUUCUCUUAUAAAUUUUGAUGCCCUUUUUUAAUAUUUCCAGAAAUGUGUAACAAAAUGGUCUAGAAAGGGUAAUUGCGCAGCCGAUUCUGUCAUCCACUACUGGAAUCAGUGUGGAAUUGACAUAUAUACUUUAAUUCAACAUCAUGUUCAAGAUUUGAGUGGAAUACUGUCAGCUAAUGACUGAAAAGUUGUGGAAAUAAGUUAGUGGAUUCAAGAAUAAUAUCAGCAUGCAUGCUAACAAUCAAGGCUUUGUUUUCAACCCGGCCAUGCCAAAUGUUCGACCAGUUAUUGCGCCUAAUAUGAAUCAUGAUGCCCAAUAUAAUGCUCAUCAAGGACAAGUGAAUAUGGCAAUGAAUCCUGGUAUGAUGCUUCUACAGCAGCCCAACAAUGCUGAUCAAUGGCAACAUGGCAAUUUUGAUUAUACUAACCCAUGUUGGAUUGCUAUGUAUAGCUAUGAUGCUAAUGCAGAUGAUGAACUAUCAUUGCAGUAUGGUGAAACUGUGGAAGUUUUAUCCAAAGAUGCAGGGGUGUCGGGUGAUGAAGGAUGGUGGACUGGCAAAGUUGCAGACAAAGUUGGAAUAUUUCCAAGUAACUACGUUAGUCCAAAUGUGACCAAUAUCAAGCAGCAAAAAAAUGUUUAUAAAAAACUAGAUGAGGACGAUUCUCCUUGCGAACCAAUGGAUAUAAGUACAGAAGAAAUAUUUUCACCCGAAGAAUCACUUUUAAAAAGGAUAGAUUUUCAGGAUCUUCAAUUAAAUGAAAUCAUUGGCGUUGGUGGUUUCGGAAAAGUUUAUCAUGGAUUUUGGGGCAACAAAGAAGUUGCGAUAAAAGCUGCAAAAGUAGAUCCUGAUGAGGAUAUCAAAAGUACUAUCAAAAAUGUUGUUAAAGAGGCUCGCUUAUUCUCACUCUUAUCUCAUACAAAUAUCAUUUCUUUGGAAGGUGUUUGUUUGAAGCAACCUAAUCUUUGUAUUGUAUUGGAAUAUGCACAAGGUGGCGCAAUCAAUAGAUUUUUAACUCGUCGGAAACUCCCUCCACAAAUUUUAGUUGAUUGGGCUCUACAAAUCGCUGUUGGAAUGAACUAUUUGCACAAUGAAGCGGACACUCACAUCAUUCAUAGAGAUCUGAAGUCGAGUAACGUUCUUAUCAAAGAGCAAAUUUUGCCAAAUGAUGAUUUAUCGAACAAAACAAUGAAGAUUACGGACUUUGGUCUUGCCAGGGAAAUGUACAAAACAACCAAAAUGAGUGCAGCAGGAACCUAUGCAUGGAUGGCUCCAGAAGUUAUUAAAUCUUCAACAUUUUCUAAAGCUAGUGAUGUUUGGAGCUACGGCGUUCUUCUUUGGGAAUUAUUGACGGGAGAGCAACCAUAUAAAGGAAUAGAUGGUCUCGCUGUGGCCUAUGGCGUAGCAGUAAACAAAUUAACAUUGCCUGUCCCAUCUACUUGCCCGCAACCAUUUAAGGAAUUACUAGAGAGGUGCUGGAAUUCGAAUUCACAUGAACGUCCUUCGUUUCGUACAAUUCUCACCGACCUUGAAACAAUUGCAGAAUCUGAGUUUAUCACUGUGCCAACAGAUUCAUUCCAAUGUAUGCAGGAUGAUUGGAGAGAAGAAAUUCAAGCAAUGUUUGAUGAACUAAGAGCAAAAGAGAAGGAAUUACGGUCAAGAGAGGAAGAACUCACUCGAGCUGCAGUUCAACACAAACUACAGGCUGAGUAUUUAAGUAAAAAGCAAAGAGAAUUACAAGAACGAGAGGUUGGAAUCGUAGAGAGAGAAUUAAAAAUUGCCAUCCAUGAAGCUGCCCAACUCAAACCACCAAUACCAGCCAAGAGGCACGGAAGAUUUAAACGAAAUAAAUUAGAGAAAAGGGGAUGGAUUAGUGCUCCAACAAAUUUUGAACACAAGUUAUCAGUACAAGCAGAACAAGAAUCUGAAAAACAUAAAACAAUUCUUCACGAGUUUUUAGAAAAGGACAGUGCAAAUAAUUAUCUGCCCACUGAUCCACCAAGAGCCAUCAGACUUAAAACUAUUCAAAAUCCCACAGAAGACGAAAGUUCGAAUUCAUUUAAAAGAAAAACAUCUGCUACUAAAACACCAGAUCAAGUCCAUAUUGAUGAUAAUUCCAAAUAUGUUACCUAUCAAAAAUCAACUUCAGAUUCUAUAUUCAAUGGACCUAGUCACAUUGGUGAACUUGACCAAAACGAUGACAACGACAUAACAGUGCGACCAAAAAAUCUUCCCAUUGUUCCUGAAAAAACCAACAAUAAACAAGGCAGUUAUGAAAGCGAUGACUUCACUCCUCGUCCAACACCUGAAAGCAGUCGUGAAAACAGUUUAAAGAGAAUGAAUCACAGUCUACGUCAGAUGAUGAUUGAUAUUGCUUCAAUCCUGGCUGCUGUCGCACUCGGUAAAGACAUUCGUAGUUGCGCACAAAUUGCUUUGCCACCUAACUUAAUGGAAGAGGUUCCUACCUCCAUAAAUCCUAGUGUUACAAAACCUGGAAAAUCAUCUUCUAGUACAGUGAUGUCGUCCACUACUAAUAUCACUACAACGACCGUUUCAAAUGACCGUAGAACGCAGAUGGAUGUCACAGGACUAAAAGACGAGAAUAUGCAUCAUGAAGUCAUGGAAAAAUCUUUGGACAGUGACCCAUCAUCUGCUGUAACACAUUUAUCUUUAUCAACAGACUCCAUUCCAGCAUUAGAUUAUUUUGCUCAAAAUACAGAUAAGACUGUUCGUGUAGCAGACAAUGCAUCCCUAUUUCAGGCUGUCAGACAGCAUUCUAAUUUGCCUCAUGUUGCAUGUAGCGCACCUACUCUAACUUCCAAUUCAUAUACAAAUGAUAAAUGUGUCAAUGCCGGAUUUCACGCUGAAGAAGAGGAUCGUGGCAGAGUUAACUAUGCUGCUCAGCUUUCUCAUACAUCAGGGGAUAGCGGUGUUGCCAUGUCUCUGGACCAACCAAUACAUUUACCGCAAGAUCAGCAACAACAUGAUCGAAUCAGACAAAUAUCGACAAAUGCAUCAGAAAAAAAGAGAUCAUCCUGGGGGCCAACGGAAGUUGGACUAUCGGUAAUGGAUACUGGCAUGCACACAAAACGUGGACACAGAAGAACACCAUCAGAUGGUAGAGUUCCAAUGCCAUCAUUAGAAAACGCUGUCCGUGUCUUGAUUAAUCAAAAUGCACAAGAAAGAUCUGCAACCCCGGAUCCUGAUCCCGAAAUCUACAGACUGCCUGCUCCCACUGCAUCAUCACGUAGAAAAAGCGACCAAGGUGCCAUACAUGAUCCAUCACUGGAACGUCCUACCACACUCGCCAUUACACCUCGACCAAGACCAUUGCACGGAUCUGGAGCCAGAAGUUUAGACUCUUGGGGGUCGUCUGGGAAACCACACAAACAUUCACCCAUGGGUGCUUCUCCGGCUCCAGGGGUGGCAUCUAUAGGUGGUGGCAGUAUUUGUGGCACAUCAUCAAUAAGUGAGGAAGACUCGUCUACACCCACCGAUGGUACUUUACAUGUACCGGGGUAUGGGUCACAGCAACAAAGAGGGUACAACACUCCACAAACAUCAUCUGUGGUACCUUACUAUAAUAAUAGUCAGUUUUCACACAGCAUGGGAUUUCAACUGAGACCACCUCGACCAACAAACCCAUAUCACCAACCUCCAAUGCCCUACACUUCUGCGUCGUAUCCAAUGUUUAGGCAAGCACCUGACCCACACACUACAAUGUCUCCGGGAUCGUCUCACUUCCCAAAUUCACGACCUCUAAACACCACUGUCUCUGUAGCAACUGCUCCUUUACAACCCGUUCCGUCAUCACGUCCAUCUGUGGGAAGGUAUCCCAGUAGACCUAGCGGUAUGGGGGACACUCCACCUCGUGCUUCUCCAAGGCUGCAGCAUCAAUCUACAAGCAUACUCGAUCAAAACAUGGGUGAGGAGGAAGAUAUGCAUCACCCACUCAUGCGAUACAGCCCAAAAAAAGAACACACUCCAAUUACUUCAAAAAAUAAUGAGUAUAAUUUUAAAGAUUUUCAAAAUUUUUUGAUCUGAAAAUAAAAACUGAUAUACGGAUUUGUGAAUUGAAAAUGGAAUUCAAUCCUGAUUACUAUGAAGUAACUCGUUAAGUCCCGAGAUUCAUUCCCUAAUAGAAUGUAUUUUCCAAGCUGUAAUUUCAAAUUAAUUCCUAUGCUUUAAGCCAAGGGUGUGCAACCUGCAGACAAAAUGCGGCCCAAAAUGGAAAAAUUGUGUAGUCCGCGGAGAAGUGCCAAUUCUGAAUAGUGUGCAGCUUACGAAACAAGUUUUGAAUUUAGAUUAAUCUGGUACGUGCGAGUGAUUCCAAUUUCUUUGCAUUGCAAAGCCUAUACCUGAGUCCAAUUUAUUAUCUAUGCCUAUAAUGUUACAAUGCACUCACAGCUAGCUUGUGCGAAGUGAACAACGCAUGUUAUAAGAUCGAUAACCAAAAUUUUUGUACCUGCAACUACUAGAAAUAAAAUAAGAAUGCGGCCCGUGGUUUGACUCCCAGUUAUUUGUAUCUGACCUUCCUAUAUUAAAUGUUGCACAUCCCUGCUUCAAGCAUUUUGUAAUUAAGAGACAAUACUAAAUAAACUUAGUACUUGAUUUUUUGAGUAUAAAGUUUUGAUAGUGACAAAAUUUUAUGUUUAAAUUAUUUGUGGGAGAUCGUAUAUAAUUUGAUAAAACAUUUCUGCAUAUAAAUGAAUAGCUUAAUACAAUUUUUUAUUAGACAUUGUUUUCGACUUGGGUCCAGAGUGCAACAAGCUUUGGGAUAUUAUCCCUAAUGCUGUACAGCUGUGCAGUCUAUGUCUGUUGGGAUAAUAGAUUUUAGUAUGAUGAAUGAUAAUUUGCUAAAAUAAAAAUAAUUCUAUUUAUAAAUAUAAAGUAUUAUGGUUUUGUAUUCCUAUUUGAUAAUCUUUAUUCGAAUAUGCCCAUCUCAACUUCAUUUAAAAUUGAAAUCUUUGAAUAUGGAAUAAACAAUUGAGAUGUUUUAUCCAUGGCCUUUAAUGCAUUUUUGUGACAAGCAACUUUUUUUGUCAUUCUACUUCCAAUUUGCAAAAAAUUCGCAUGUUUUAAAUUUUACAAACAAAAUUAGAUACACAUUAUGUUAUGGGUUAGCUUUAUAUAUAUUAGGACAAAAUACUUGUUUUGAAAAUAUUUUCUAGUAACAGAAACGUGGAUAUUUAGAAAUUUGAGCUCUAACUGAGUUAUAAAAAGAUUUGCAGUAAGCUUCAGGGAAAAAAUUUUCAAGUACAUUAGUGGUCUCUUGGCUAAUGCUGACUUGAUUUUUUGACCAAAAUGUUUUUUAUCUUCAAAUAAAUUUUUGAAUUUCUAAGAUUCUGUGUUCCCAUGGUAUAUUUUGUGUUAUUUGUUUCUAUUUAACUUCAUCAGAGGUCUAAAAUGAAUUGGAUUUUUUUUUAUAAAAUUUUGCUGCUACUGCUGUAAUGUAAAAUUGACUUUACAAAACAUGCUGGCUAUUUUUUCUUUUCUUUUUAGUAUCAAACUUCACUUUAUACUGUGCUCAAUUUUUGUUACACAGUAUGUAAUCGUAAUCCUUAUAUUUUCUGUUUUUCUAUUUUUAUUUUCAUUGUUGCUUUUCCAGGGCAAGUCGUCAGAGUAAAAAUUGAUCGAAAUGUAAGGCAUUGGUUUUAUACAAUGGCAUUUUGAUUUCUGAAUUCCCCCAGUUCACUUUGUAAAUCUAUCUUAUCAGCUUGAUAGUUCCACGCGACCUCGUCGUCAUAUAUUCUUGUAGCAAAAUUUAACAUAAUAAUAGUAUACACCCAGAUAUCAUGACCUAAACAAUUAAUUUUAACAUUCAAAAGCCUCAUGAAAUGUGUAUUAAAUUUCAUAUAAUUGAUAAGACGCCAGAAACACAGGAAACGCGAUGUAUUUUUUUGAAUUGGUGGUAGCUUUAGUUUUAACUUUUAAAAUGGAAGAUCAGAAAUGGAUUUUUUUGGUUUAUAUCGUUAGUUAUUACCUGCACAAGUAUUCUACCACCAGUUUUGACAUGAUUUUUAACGGACAUUUCAGCAUUGAGAUCGUCUGAUUCUGAAGUAUAUAUCUAUUCAAUUUAGCGAAAUAUAUUUUGAUUCUAUGAUAAGCUCUUCAGCAUCGUUCAACAAUUUCUAUGAGAAUUCAAAAUUUUAUGUUCUUAUCCAUGCCCACUGUUGCACCCAUUGUGUAAUGAGGGUUGAAAACUAUGCUAAACUUACAGGCUUGUCUGUAGCUUUGUUCAGAUCAAAAGCGAAAUUAUAAAAUCAGAAAAACAUACAAAAUUUAUAUGGGCAAUUUAAUAGACUGUAUUGAUUGAGAUUGUUUAUUAACUGCACAUACUUAACAUGGAUGGUUCUAGGAAAAUUCGUCGCAGGAAAUUUCGCAGCAUAGCCGCAAGAGCAUUUUGCUGUAAAACAAGUAUUUGUGAUAAAAACAGUUAGGUUUUUGAAUUAUCUUUUUGUUUAAAAAAGAUUCGUUAUUUAGGAGCAUACCCUAACCCAAUGCGGCGAGAUUUCCUUCGACGAAUUUUCCUGACACAACAUGGACCUCUUCGGAAGCAUUUAAAUUCAUCAUAUUGCUUACAUUUCAUGAAAUUUCAAGUUCAAAGUUUCGGAAAAAAGCUCCAUUUAUUUUCAUUAUUUGUUCUUGGUGGUGUAGCAACUGUACAAAGACUGAACAAAAAUGAAGUUGAGUUCAAAUUACUUUCAAACGAGGGACCAAAUUUGUAUGAGGAUAAGCAAUUGUUCAUUAAAUCAUCUUUAUUAACUCAAUUCCAGUGAAAAUGCCAUUGCCUUCUAUAUGUUCUGAAGUUAAUUUUACUUGAAAUAUAAAAACGUUUUAUAAAAUGAAACCUAUUUAGUAUAAUAAACGUUUUUUUCUGUAUGGAAAAAUUUAUAGUUUCCUGCCUGUCAGUUCAUUUAUAUUUAUUUCCAUGUUUACUUCUCCUUUCAUUUAUUCAUGCAAUUCUGGUAUUUUAACUAUCAAGGGCAGCGUCGACAUAUUCUCCUUAUAUUUGUGGUCGAGUUUUAUGGGUUCGCUAUUCUUUAGUAUACCUUGACAUCAGUGGGGUGGGAGAAAAAAAAUAAUGGCAGCACUGUAACUUGUCUUUGGAUUGUGCUGACCAGUCACACUUGAAUGAUUUCUGAUUUUCACACUGUUUCUUUUGUCGUGUCCAAAUUUCUUUAUCUUGUUCUUUUGAAGAAAUGUUUCAUGAUAAAUAGUUUGGUCUCCUCCAAUUCCUGAUUAGCGAUGUUCAUGCCCUUCUUUGUCAACCAUGAUCUGAAGAUAUUUCUUUCAUGUCAAGUUUCAACCAUUUGUAUUUUUUAAUCGUUUUUUUGGUCAAGUGGAAAUAUAUAGUACCAUGCCAUGCGUCUUAUCAAUAAAAUAAUACUCAAUUUUCAUCUUUCUUGGACUAUUUUUCUAUCUUAUCUAUAAUAUAUAUUAUCGGUCUAUCUAUUCUAUAUAUGUGUGUUUGUAUGUAUGUGUGUGUGACUGGUUGUGUGUUCGGCAUAAUCGUUUGUUCAUUUUAUAUUUGUAGCGAAUAUGUCUUGUUGAUGUUGUAUAUGCCACUACAUCACAGUUUUACUCUACACCUUGCUCUCUUGGAGAUAUUUUAAUCUAGUCCUAAAUAUAUCUAUGAUAUAUAUGACUCUCUGAAGCAUAGUUCAUGGUAAAUUUAGGGCUGGAUGAAAUAUACUAUUCUGUCAUCAUCGCUGACAUAAAAUAAAGACUGUACUCUUAUGCAAAA